CCUGUCUUGACGUGGCCAAAAACGCCCGAGUUGUCUCAGACUAGAAUUCGUUGAAACUCGCACCUAUGACCCACAGAUACAAUUACACGGGCCAGGCGUUCUGUGGCGCCUGUGGCGCAAUCGGGCGUAAGCCCGAUUUUCAACGAAUCUAGUCUGAGCUACUGAGAUAAACGCUAUGCUCGUAAUUGUGAAGAUCUUGUUUGUUGGAGUUGUUUGGAGGUUAUCUGGGUGUGUUUACUGUGGUAGCGCAAGAGAUAUCAGAUAUCAAUUGGUUGUAAUUAGGAUAACCUAUCAACGGCGGGUGAUAAUGAUGAUGGUUGCUACUAUGGCAGAAGCCGAGGAGGGUGAGGAUAAGGGCGGAGUUAAACGAUCCCCAGGAAUGCGAAGCAAACAACCUUUAGGUAGGUAUGUACCUAAUGUACCAUUGGGACUUGGGACUCGGACUUGAAAGGGCUGCGUCGCACUAAUUAUUCCCCAAAAAUUCUUCAGAUUCUUUCUCAGCUUGUAUAGUUGGUGACUAUGCAAAAUGAAGGUAGGUAGGUAGCUGAAGAUGGUACGAGUGUUUAAAAUUGGCGAGAUAAAGUGAAAAUGAUUGGUCGCGAAGGUCGCGCGUACUUGCUGCAAAGUGUUU